AUGCAACCCUGCUCCGCGUCCGCUCCCGCUUUGGCCUCGCCCGCCCAUACCCAACCCCGUCUGGUGGCUCCGACGCCCGACUAUAUCAACUAUACCGCCCACCUGCUGCUCGCCUCCUCCACCCUUCUCGCCCAGGUCGGCACAUGUGCCGGCAUGGACCAGUCCCGACCCAGCCAAUCACACGAGAACACUGACUGGCACCGCUCGCUCGAGAACCCGCCCACUUCGCGCUGGGCCAACGUCCGCGUCACUGAUUGGCAACGCGUCCGCCGUCCAAGCUCAGCCCCGUCCAGUGUCCCCGAAUCAGACGACGAGAGAGGCCCGAGGAAGCUCAGCAGGCUGGAAGCACUACUGAUACGCCGCCGGCCAGAAGAGAGCAGCGGCGUCCCGCCCCGCUCACUGUCGCCUUUCUCUUACCAGUCCACCCAGGAGUACACGUCGAACCCCGAAUCCAUCUCCGGACCGUCCACCAUGCCUCCGGCCUCUCACUACCAGGAGCCGCGUCACCCGGAGCCGCUGAGGGUGCCCGCUCGCAGCAGUGGCCGCAAUUACACCACACAGACGCCUUUACGCACCGUUUCCAGCGACUAUCCCACCAGUCCAGAGUACUUCUACCCCAUCUCCCCACUUGACCGCCCGCGUUCCUCAUCCCACAACGGCGACCACCUCCGUUCGCCCCUUCGUGCAGCACGCACCUACUCCGGGGCCCCUUGGGACAGCUCGCCCAACCGCGUCGGCCAGGAGCAACGCAGGCCGAGCACCGCCUUCGAGAGCGACGCCGAACUCCACCGGUUCGCCGAGGCCACAAGCGGUUUCGAUCCUUUCUCUCCUGUGCGCCAGCGGCCCCUGAGCCAAGCGCUCUACAGAGAAUACUACGCUCCCCCGGAACAAGCACCUCAGCAGGCCAUCUCCUACACUCGGCCGCUACCACAAUACCCUUUUCGAGAACCAAGCUACUCUAUAGACCAGAAUCUCGCCGGCACACGCUCCCCUUCGGAGCUGGCCGCAGCAUUAAGAGCGAUGGAAGAAGCAGAGAAUGACUACGGCAUGCCGCCAGAGGACGAGGAGCUUCCCGACUACGCCCAGAGCCAAUGGGAAGCACAGAGCCACCAACGCCGGGCAGCUGCGCGCAGAGCAGCUGAGCUGGAAAGACAGUGGAUAGAGGCAAGGCAGAGAAGUGGUUCUCGAUGA